UGUGAGACCGUGACCGGAAAAAAUUGGGAAAGCACGUUUCACACGAAUGUUUAUGCGAACGAAGACAAUUACGGUUUUUAUGAUUGUAUAUGGAAAUGUAUAAAUCGUAGAGCGGAGUAAACGAGACAGCAACUGCAGACCCUACUUCACAUGCCAUUGUCACCCUGGUCAGCAAGAUGAUUAGAUUUUUACCUUUAGUGAAACACGUUUGUAAACAAGCAAACAUCCAAAGCCAAAGUUUUCAGCAGUGUCUGUCGAGGCAGAGUAUAGUGUUCAGAAGGCAGGCUACUACAAAAGUAAAACGUUCGUUUGAGGUGGACACAAAUGUUAAAGACGACGUCCUCGUCUACUCGUACACCAGUGAUCGGUUCUAUAAACUGUUCACUUACUGUGGCGUCAUUCAGUGUUUGACUCUGAGCUAUCUUGGUGUCAGUGCCUACCAGCUAAAAGAUGAGUCAAAAACGGUGCAGCAAGAACGUCUUCAGUCAGACCAAAGUGGACGUCUGACAUGGUGGGCCGAAAAACUAAUGAAUGUGGCUGAAGGAAAAUACAAAAAUGGGGUGUCCCUCUUGUGCUUUUUCAUUGGAUACAGUUUCCUCACUAUCACUAUAAUAUAUCCACUUCGGUCCGUCCGCAGUUUGUGGUUGUUACGUGGAGGAAAUGAAGUACACAUACAGACUCAAAGCUGGUUUGGUAAAAGUGGUUCACUGAACGUGCCACUAAACAACGUAAGCUGCAUGCAGGCUCGUGAAGGCUCGGCAUCUUACAUACCAAUGAAAGUGAAAGGAAAAUUUCUUUUCUUUCUGAUUGAUAAAUCAGGAAAAUUUCACAACACACAACUCUUUGAUUAUAGUAUAGGAUUGAUGAGAAGCCUGAAGUAAGCUAAACUGUGACUAAAAAUGUUUUCAACAUUUAACAUGUUAAUUAAUUACAUGAUGGGUCGAUAUUGUCAAUGUGUUUUUUACAUAGUGGGCCAGCACUACCAGUAGAUUAUAAAACGUUUUCUGCCCAACAAAAUGUUACUGGCUAUAUAUUCAGUUUUAUGCAAGUGUGGUAAAGAAAUUAUUUGGAUAUUCAAUACUAGUAGUAGUCACAAAGUUAAUAAUACAAAGCACUAAUGGAGAUAUUGUGUAGUUGUGGCACUAGAAGUAGAUGACCAACAGACUAACUCUGAUGGCUAGACCAGACCAGCAUAAAAUGAAUAUACCAUAGCCCUUUAAAAGUGUUUUUAAGCCAGCAUUGGUGUAGAUUUUUGCUAGUACAUGUACUUGUUAGAAUCUCUAGCAGGAUUACAUUAACAGGAUUUUUCCCAUUGGUAUUGUUCAUUCUAAAUGUGUGAGAGUAUGAAUAAACAUAUAUUUAUUA